UAAAAAUGGCCAAAACGAAAAUAAAAAUCAUAUCAUCCCCAUUAGAAAACCCGAUAUAAUAAUAAUAAUUUUCUUUGGGUUUUUAGAUAUAAUUCUAAGCAGUAAAAUCUUCCACACCGUCACCUUUUUACAGAGAUCUUCCUGGAGAUCGGCUAAAAUGAAUAAUCAAUUUUUAAAGUGUAUUAAAUUCUGUAAAUGUAAAUUCUUUCUAUUUAUUUAUUAAAUAAAAGGCUUCUUAAAAAAAAAACACAUGUUUUCUGACUUGCAAGAAAAUAUAACCCCUUAACCCGUUUGAUUUGUAGUUGAGUUCGAAAAUCGGGAAAGAAUAUUUUAAGAUAAUUUAGUUUCAUAACCCCUAAGGGUAUGCUAUAUUCACAAUACAAUCGAAAGCAGCAUUUCAUUUCUCAACAAAAUUUUUCUUUCUUACUUUUUUUGCUUCAAGACACUGUACCGCAACUCAACCAACAGAUUUGCAAUACUGCAUUAAAGCACCAGCACACCAGCCAGCCAACCAACCGGCUACUGUCUCCUUUGUCUCCGAAAGCUUCGUUGUUUUUUCUCUGCAAUUUAGCUACUUAGUAUCCGUUGCCGUCAGUGGCAGGAGCCGGAGCUGGAGCAGCAAAACAGCGGCAGCUUGGCGCACUACACACACCCAACGUACGCUCUCACCACUGCGCUGCGGAGGCGUUGAAACAUUGAAGCAUAUGCGACGACGACACCAUUAACAUUUUGCGUCACAGCUCGAAAGCUACAAGUUUCAAUCGAAUGCCGAACAACGAACGACGAAACCACGACACGGUUUGUGAAAAAACGAACGUGUCAUAGCGUUCAAGCUCCAACCGUGGGACGUUAGCGAACGCCAAUUCAGUACAACGGGACAUUUCGUUGCUACCAAAACGAACGAAAACGAAACGGAAAACUAAAUUUGAAAUUAAAUGAAAGAAACUCAAAGGUUACUGCUGAACACACAGAGCAAACGCCUACACAUAAAAUAGAAAAGAGGAAAUUAAAGCGAAAAGUCGACGCUUUACAAGUAAAAAUUUUCACAAAACCCAAAGUGUAAUUAAGUGUACAGUCAAUUUGAGUGGCAGCUUGUGAGACGCAAGUGCAAAAAAUCGCAAGAAAAAGCAAAAAUCUGUUAGUUACAUACGAAAGAUUGUGAACUGCCUACGCGCGUACGAAAAUCGAUAGUGAAACGAACGAAGAGUGUGCAGCGGGCGCGCGGUACACAACACAACAACAACAACAAUAACAGUAAAAGCAAUUUUGUGCGCACUGCAUUAAAAGGGCAAACGCCAAACGGCAACACACGAGCGUACAUACACACACGCACCGCCAGCUGAGUGCCACAAAGCGCACCAUAUGGCAGCAGCGAAAAACGAAAAAGCCAAAAUUUGAUUGCAAUUCGCCAACGAACACGCAAGAUUGCAUUGAACUCGCUGAACUUCAUUCUUCAACUUCCACGAAUUUGCACAGCGUGUGCCGUGAAAGUGUGCCCCGUGUACCCCACCCUGUGAGGUGCGUCCGUAAGCAAGUGACAGCGUUCGACGCGGUGCUGUAAGCGCUGUGCCCAAGCGACGUUUAUAAUGGCUAAGUGCGGUGCAAUCGCGCUGGCCCUGCUCGCUGCAGUGCUGCUCAGCAUUUUGGGUCACUGCGAGAUGUCCGUUUACCCAGGGCUUCGACGCAAACCGUUACGCCAAUUUCUGCAACAACCGUUUGAUGUGUCAUCCGAUUAUUUGGCCCAACUAAUGGAGGAGAAUGCGCGACGGCGCUUACAACAAACAUUCGAACAACAAUUGGAGCGCAUCCACAUGCAAAUGAAUCGGCAGCGACAACGCGACGAGCGGCGCGAACGUUUGAAUCAACGCCUACAGAUGCUUGCCGCUGAGAAUGCGGAGGAGAGCAACGAGGAUAGCGGUGAGGUUGAAAUGGAAUCGACGGAAGUCGAUGAGAAUGCCUACGAUCUGACUCAAAAUCAAGAUAAUGUGUAUAGAAGCAACGACAAUGGAAAUCGAAAUCAAUACGUGGACCCGAACGGUUUCUUUACCUACAAAUAUGACACACCCAUGGAGAUGAAUUUGCGCGAACGUAUACCCUUCGCAGUGGGUCCAGACGAUCCUCGUUUCUUCGAACAGAAUAGUGGCGAAGUUGAAAACGCGCGCAACAGCGAUGAGUUGGACUCGCGGGCCUUGGAUGACUAUCAGGAAUUUGUACCAGCCGAGUCACAGAAUAUUGGCGCCAAAGCAGCAGCUAUUGCAGCAGCAAAUGCCACUCCCACCAGCGCCACUAAUGCUGAGCUUUCGACAGAUGCGCCCACUGAAGUCAAAGCGCCUGUGCUUGCGCCAGCACCUGUUGAUAGCGCGAAAUUGAGCGACAGUGGCAGCACCACCUUCCAUCGCAUCAAACCGCAGAACGCUGCGGCGGCAGCUGCGGUCGCGGGUGCCGGCGUCGUGGCGGCAAUGAAGCUCCCAACCGCACAGGAUGCCAGUGAUGAUAGCAAUGCACGACACCACAUCAAUGCGCUCAUCGAUAAGCUGCAGAAGGAGGGCAAAUCCGCGUCCAUCGUCAACACACACGAUGUGGCUGCAGCUUUAGGCGGUAAUAGCAUCGGCAGCGGCGACAAUUUGGUGGUGCGUCAACAUCUGGGCGUCGACGGCGAGAUGGGCAUGUAUUUAGUGGCAUUGAUUGCGGGCGUAAGCGCCGCUGUGACUGUGGGUCUGAUAGCGCUCGGUAUUGCCUGGUACACCUUGCGUCGCAAAUCGAAAGCCGCAGCGGAUGUUGAAUAUCCGGCGUACGGUGUGACCGGGCCCAACAAAGACAUCUCACCGUCGGGCGAUCGCAAAUUAGCACAAAGCGCACAAAUGUACCACUAUCAGCACCAGAAGCAACAAAUAAUCGCAAUGGAGAAUCGUCAGGCGGCGGAGGGCAGUUGCGGCAUGUCCGAUGUGGAGAGCGAUGAUGAGGAGAAUGAGGAAGGCGAUUACACUGUCUACGAAUGUCCCGGACUCGCACCGCCAAUGGGCGAGAUGGAGGUGAAGAACCCAUUGUUUAUAGAUGAAACUCCAGUUACGCCAUCGACCAACAUCACCACUACGACCACAGCCACCACUUCCACACCAAUCAUCACCAACAACCUGACACAUGCCACACCACAACAACCACCCACACAACAACUCGGCAAGAAGCCCAACUACAAGGUUAUUGUUGGUGCUGCACCCAAUCCCAAAGCUACCUCAGCGGAGUCCACGUCUUCCGAGGAAAAUAGCAAGCGGAAGAAGAGUAAGAAGUAAACUAUCAACUAGGUGCAGGCGGAACGUUGGUGCUCGGCGCAGUAACGGUACUUGGUGUUUGUGUUGUCAAAUAGAAAAGUGUUUCACGCAAGUGAAUUUGCGAGUGAUUUACUUAAGCGAGCAAAGUGCACAAGCAGAGCAAACAACAGGCGGAAUUAGAAAAACAGGGAAAAGUGUAGUAACACGAGUGGUGCCAUAAGAUGCAAGAAAUGGUGGCGCAAAGUAUUACUUCAAUUAAUUUGUUGGUUUAUGCACACUUCUCGAAGCGUUCAAAUGGAAACCACUCUCUUUCACAAGGCCAAUUAACACAAUAAAAUAAACAGGUUAUUCAAAAUACUAUAUGUGUAACAUAAUAGGUGUUUGAGCUGCAACGGCGGACGGAUUUCGUUGACAAGGUUCACUUGCUGUUGUUGUAAUAUUGUAAAUACACAUUUUCUGAAGGUGAGGUACAAAUAAAGCGUAGUUUUGGAGUUACUGAUGAUUGAAGGAAAGAAAUUGUACAGCCUGUCAAUAUUUUGGGAAUUGUGAAUAUUAAAGGUGUGCAAAAAUAACAGUUUUUGAAUGUAGUCUCGAAUGAUAUCUUCAGCGUUAAAAGUAUAUAUUUUUAUUUAAAAAAAUUUUAGCAAAAAAAAUUUUUUAAUUUCUGUUUAUAGUUACAUUACAAAAAAUAUUUUAGUUACAAAAUAUUAAAAAAAAAAUUUUGAGUUAAGGUUAUUAUUUUUGGAUUUAAAACUAAUUUUGUUAAUAAAAUUUUUCCGUUUUUUAUUAUUUUUUAAUAAAAUAUUUGUUGCUUUUUAAUAAAACAAAACAUUUUUAAUCAAAAUAUAUAUUUUCUAAUUAAAAUAAAAUUUUUCUUAUAUUUUUUAAUAAAAUAUUUUUUGCUUUUUAAUAAAACAAAACAUUUUUAAUCAAAAUAUAUAUUUUCUAAAUAAAACAAAAUAUUUUUAGUAUAAUUAAAAUUUUAUUUAAAAAGAUAUUUUCCGAGUUAAAAAAAUACGUUAGUUUAAAAAAAGAUUAAAAAUAACUAAAAUAUUAAAAAAAGAUUAAUAAUAAAUUGUUGGUUUUAAAUUGUUACUUUUUUAAAAAAAAAAAUAAUUUUUUUUUUUUAAUUACAAAUAUUUGUUUUAUAUGUUUUGGCUUCUUUUAAUUAAAAUAAUUGCAUAAUAAUUAAUUCGUUGUGAAUGUUUAAAAAUAAUAGCCAAAGAGAAAAAUGGUUACAAUCAAGUUGAAUUUUAAUAUUAUUAUAACCGAAAAUUUUAAAAUUAAAGGAAGUUUAUUAUUUUCUAUAUACAUUUAACCAAAUUAAAAGCGUUUGAUCCAACAGAAGCUUAAAAACAGAAAAGUAUAAAUUUUUCAAAAAAAAGUAUUAUUUUUAAAUAUGAAAUAAAAUAAAUAUUCAUAAAGUCAACGAUAAUUAAUUAUUUUAAAGAUAUUUACAAAUAAUUUUUUUUUAAGUUAAAAGUUUUUUUAAAUUUUUUACAGUUCGAAAACAAAUAAGUAAACAUUUUUCAAAAAAAAAAAAUUUAUAUAUAUAAAUAUGAAACUAAAUUAAAAAAAUAAAUAUUUAUAAAUUCAAAUAUAAAUAUUUAUUUUAAAAUUAUUUACAAAUAUUUAUUUGUUAAUUCAAAAGUUAAUAAUAAUAAUUUUUAAUAUUUUAAAUAUUUAACUAUUUUAUUUAAAAAAAAUAUGUUUUUUUUACACUUUUAUUAAUUUAAUAUGUAAAUCUAUUUUCAUUUAACUUGCCUAAUGGAAAAGUUGUAAUAAUUUGUAUUUUGUUGAAUCAAGUAAUUAUUAAAACAAUUUUUUAAUUUGUGGACUCAAGUAAAAUAUUUAAUUUUAUUAUUAUUAUUUUAGACUAAAAUCAAAUUAUUAAAAUAUUACAAAGCAUGAAAAAAAUAUUUUUUAUUAGAAAUCAUUUAAUAAUAAAUAAAGCAGAAAAUGUAAGUAUUUAGCGUACUUUUUGAGUUCCAAUAUGUAAUUGCGAAAAAAAGUUCAUUUUGUAUUUUUACUAUAACCUAUAAAUUUAUUUUAAAUUUACAAAUAUGUGCUCAAUUAUUAACAAUUAUGCAAAUACACAUUUUUUCAAGUUAAAAAUAUUUUCUGCAGAUUUCGUUAACACCAAAACUACGUCAUCAACACCUAACCUAAAAAUCUCCAAAAAUAUUAAAUCCAAAAGAACAAAAAAAAAAAAAUACAAAAGAUUAUACAAUAAAUGAUGUAAGUGAAACUCAGCCAAUUGUUAAGUUUGUAAAACUAUCAGCGGCGCGUUGAGGGCACGAAUGUAGUAAUCAUAUUGUGCGUACGUAAAUGGUGUAAGGAAUCAAAUUCCUUGCCAACAAUGAAAAAAAUUUAAAACAAUCUUUAAAAUUUAACAAACUAAAAAAAAAAUAUAUAUAUACAAUAUUAUACAUAUAUAAACAACACUCUAAACUAACUAAAAUGUAUGAACGAAAACAAUAUUUUUCAAAAUCUUCCCUACUUAUAGAUUAGCUAUAAUUUUUUCUAACUACUUCAAACAUACAUACAUACAUAUGAACCUAAAUCAAUUACUAGCAACCAAGCGUUGAUGAAUAUACAAGCAUUUUCCGGUCAACAGGCAGCGAGAAAAUGAAAGUAUUUGUCAGCACUGUGACUAAAACUAAGAUUAAGCUGAAACAUUUACAAAACCAAAAAAUAAACUUAAUCAGCGCAUUUAUGUCAGAGAAGUUUAAAAAUUAGUUGUCUGUGCCAGAGAGGCUGCGUAAUUUUAUAUGCAACUUUUAGUAUUUUUUACAUAUACAUAUGUAUAUAAACAUACAUAUUCAUACGCAUCAACAUACUUAUAUAUACAAACAUACCUACACUAUUUUUACUGUAUAUAUAUAAACAUACGCAUAUAUAAAUUAACUAGCAAACUUAUUAAACAUAUGAAACACACAAAUACACAUACAUACAUCCUUUUUUUAACAAAUCACACAAAACACACUUACCUAGACAGUACAGAAACAGCUAACUUCAUCCGAGCCUAAAGUAAUAAGCAAACAUCCAAAUCUUAUUCGAAAA